AUGGCCAGUAUACUUAACGAGCUUUUCGCUUCCGUUUUCUCUGUGGAAUCUGACUCGGCACCGACUUUGGAGGAGGUGAUCUCGGCGCGCAUCGAGGUUAUUUCCAUCACCGAGGAGACGAUCGUGAGUAUGAUAGGGAAGUUGGCGGUGGGCAAGGCGACCGGCCCCGAUGGGAUUCUUGGGAUGGAGGGGAAACCGGCAAAAGGACAAGAGGAACCAGUCCAGGAUGCAAAACGUCAAAAGCCGCGGUCUCAGCACAAUUGUGGAGAUAUGAAGAAGCUGGUCUGUCUGAGACAGCUGGAAAAGUUUAAGAAAGAUCCCCGAAAGGAAAAAUGGAUGAGGGUUCGCCUUACUGGAUGCGAGGACCUCCCUUUCCCUAAGGGUGCUGAGAAGUAUCAAAAAGAAUACUAUCCAGAGGCAGAGAAACGGGUUUAUUCGUUUCCUGCUGGGUACGUCCUGAAUGACAACAAACAAGAGGAAUUAUUCCAUAUUUUGGAGAAAUCAAAGCCAGGCACGAAAGAUGUGAAUAUUCCCCAAGCUUACACGGCAGUAGCGAAGGUUUUCAACUGCCUUAAAGAGGAAUUAGAAGAAAAAGAAAUACCUAGUUUCGUUUCAUACGAUUAUGACUUCGUCAAAACGUUCCACGCAGCAAUGGGACUAUCGCAAACAAGGGUAGGAGGAGAGAUAGGAGUAGAUGAGUCCAAAAAGCGAAAGAAAAAGCCAUCAAUUUUAAUGAAAAAGUGGGAGCGUAUUGGCUUUCGGAUAUUGGAUGGUGACCAUGAUGUAUGCGGAAUCGUCUUCGAUGGCGAACGAGUCGUUGUCCUCUUCUUUGAGGUGAAAAGUAUCGAACGAACAGAUGACCAGGACGCCCUGAAUGCUAAGGUGGGGAAAGCCGAAGAACAGCUUAAGAAGAGCGAAGAGGUUUUUCAACAGAUCGUUGGAGCAACGGUAUUUACGCAUACUUUUCUCUGCUGCUUUCUGGCCGUCCCAUCCAUGUCGAAGGACUACGUCCGUAAAACCUUGAAAUGCAAACCCGAUUCUCUUUGCCAUGAAAAAAUUCUCACAGAGAACGAUCUGGAAUCGCGAGACGCCUUCAGGGGAUUCCUUGAGAAACAUGGGAUCAAUCUCACGAAGCGAAUGAAAACAGUUCCAGCAGCCAUGGAAUGCUAUUUGGAUGUGAUGAGUACGUACGUGGCGGCCUCGGCAUCGGUGGAGUGCAUGCCGAGAACAGUGGAAGAGCUCCGCAAUAACAUUCACGAGAGAAUGCAAAAAGCCUUGGUUCUUCUCACACCUCAUCAAAGGCAGAUUUUGGAUGACGACCGAUCUGUUCUUUUCUUGACUGGGGGGCAAGGUACGGGAAAGACCCAUCUGCUCCUCCAUAGAGCUCAAAAAUUUGCAGAAAUGGGGGAAACGGUCGUCAUCGUAAACAUGUCAGAGGGAGAGCUGACUCAGGUUAUGAGAAAAUGGCGUGAGUCUUGUAAGUUCGAGGCAAAUAUAACAAUCAUGGAUUCUUGCGAGUUUCUAGGCGUCGAUCGGCGAGGAAUGUACCUUCUUCCUGAGGUAAUCAAUGAUAAAGAUAAAAGCUUCAUUGCCGAAAUGUUGGUGGAAUAUCUAGACGGUGAUCGACGAAAAAUCGACUCUCUUCUUGCGAAAAUCAGUGAUAAAAAAGACAGCGUCAUUGAAGAAAUGCUGUUCGAGUAUCUGGGCGGAGAUCGACGAGGAAUCGACCUUCUUCUUGAGAAAGUCAAUGAAAAAAAAGACAGUCAUGUGCUCAUUGACGAAAUGCUGGUCAAUUUCGGCAUGUACGGAAGGGAUCCGGUGGAGAUUGGACAAAAAUGGAAAGCCCUUGUUGACAAAAAAAAAAGCAAAAGCCUUUGGAUCACUUGGCGUCCCAGUAGUGUCACUUACCCCAAGUCUCUCGAUUUACAGAGUGUUGUGGAUUCCUUGGGGCGAGAAAAAGUGGAACUGCUCAAUGAAAUAAAAAGAAGCACGAAGGAACUCGGGGAAUUCGUGAUAGAAGUGACCCGAUUCAUCCAGAAGAGGUUUUCGUGCUACGAUUUCCUUCCGAUGCAAGGCCUGGAAUAUGGACAGCAUCGCAGUGAUGAUCCGGGUGAAGAAAAAGAAAUUCCCCGAGUUGUUUUCGUCCGAGCUCCUCCGGUUGACAAUAGCCUUUGUCGAUGGGCAUCAGAGGCUAUCAUGGCCAUUCAAUCCUGGAUCCCGGAUUCCCGAACCCUCACUAUCAUCACCAGAACAGAUGAGGAAAGGAAUGUGUUGGUACGUGAACUCGGCAGUCAACUGGGACGAGGACGAGGACGAGCCUUCCUCGACUCGAGCGGGAUACUCCGAGGGCGCCCCAAUCCGGGAUUAUUCGUCUUCUAUCAAGAUCAGGUGACUGGGAUGUCGUUCCAGAAUCUCAUUCUCUUAGAUGAUGAAAAAUUCUUCUAUCGAUCUUGGUCUCGUAUGGUGGGGAUGGCCCGAGAAACCCUCCACGUGAUCACGACAGACCCACUCCCCUCCCGUCACUGGGAAGAACCUGCAGAAAUGGGAUUCGUCUCCUGCUGCUCUCUCAGAAGACCCAGGAAGUCAUCUUCCAGUUUUUCUUCUGAUCCACUCGAAGAGAGUUCUUAUGCGGAGAUUUCGUGGAUCUCUUUCCUGGAAGGAAAGACUUCCUGUUUGCCAGAUGCCGAGUGCAAGUUCGAGCUACUCUUCGGACCGGUUCGUUCUGGCAAAACGAAAUUUAUUUUCGACAGGCUCAAGAGGAAAGUGGAAGAGGAAAACGAGGAAAUGCGGAAGUCUGAAGAAACUUCCUCCAGAUGGAAGACGUCGGAAGACCGCAAAGAAUACGAAAAGGGGGAGCGCAAGCAUCGGAUUAUGUUCUUGGACUGCAGCAGAUGGAACAGGACUGAAUAUCCUCUCGGAAUCUCUCUGUUGGAUGUGAAAGAGAAGACGAAGAGAGAAAUGUUGAACAUUGUCGAGGUCUACGACGUCCACGACCUCUUCCAGCAGCACGGGCUGGAUGUUUAUGUGUGUCCAAACCCCCAGAUCGUGAAAGAACUUUUAGUGAAGAUGCUAGAGAAAGGCACGAACGAAGGACUAAGACUCCAUGUAGCCUUCGACGAUGUGCCCGUUGCAAGAAUAGGCUCACCUGGAGACACGAAGAGUUUGAGGGUGGAAUGGGAGGGAAUCAUCUCUUCACUCUCGUCCCAUCCCUCUCUCGCUUCUCUCACCAUUGCCUUCAGUCCCUUUAUCCUAUAUGCCACGACCAAUUUCGACGUGGAAAAGUUCAAGAAAGGCUUCCACAAACAAGGCUCUUCACAAACAAACGUGAGGAUUCUGGAGGGAUGCUGGGAUGUGGGCUUCCCCCGCCUCCUUCGUUACGUCCUCUCACACGAAUCCCCCAAGGAGCUGAAGGUGAAACCGGGAACCCUGAACACUCGGCCGCAGCCUACUUCCCUCGUUUUCGGUGUUCGACCCACCCUCGUCACCCCUCCUGUUGGGUUGCACUACCACGGGAAAUAUAAGUGCAUCGGUGGCCGGGGAAGAGGAUGCAUCGCAAUCACCGCUGCUGCCGCAUUUCACUCCCUACACAGCAAAGCAGAAGAAACGUACAGUCAGAUACGCAGCACGAACCACUGCGAAGAUGCGACAGGAAUUGACCCGUCCGAUUCCGUUGCGAAGCGCACUGCGACCGUCUGCGAAGGUCCCACGCAUCUCCAAUGCGACCGAUUGCAACGGACUGCGACGGUCGUAGUGGUCGAAACGCAGCUCUUUGCAGAGAAGGUUCCUGCCACGGACCUCGGGGCCGGAAGUUCCUGGUUUAUUCCAGAGCUAGGUUACAUCUUCAGAGAAAUGUUGAAAGGAAUUCGAUUGUCUUCCUCUGAGAUCUAUGUGGGAAAGCAUAGGGAACCGUGUCAAAGGGACAGGGGACUCAUCUCAGUAGUAUCCAGGAAGUGA